AUGGCCGACGUGAAUGUGCCCUCGGGAUACCGCUUCUCGCCGACUCCAGUGGAGCUCAUCAGAGACUACCUCAAUCCCUGGAUCGUCGGCCGGCCGAUCGAGGAGCUCAGAGACAUCGUCCGCCGAGGCGACGUCUACGGCUCCGACCCCGCGAAGCUGACGGAGGAGCACAAGGAGUACGGCCACGGCGGCAACUGGUACUUCCUCAGCAUCGCCAAGUGGAAGGGCCGCAGGGGCGCCGGCGGCCGCGGCCGGACCAACCGAUGCGUCGUGGGCGGCGGCACCUGGCACCACUCGCAGCGCCGCCGGGCCAUCAAAGGCUACGGCGAGCGGCAGGUGUUCGAGUACCGCUCCGCCGACAAGAAGAAGACGGAUUGGCUCAUGGAGGAGAUAGAGAGCAAUCUGCCGGCGGCCACCACCGACGAGGGCCUCAUGGUCAUCUGCAAGUUGUACCUCACGCCGAGGACAAAGGCCGACGAGGAGGAGGAGGAGGAGGAGGAGGAGCGCCAAGAAACCCACGACGUGGUCGUCGGGUCCAAGAAACCCCGCCGGGAGAAUCACCAUGGGUUCCCGCAAGAAGCCACAAGCUACGACGCACCGGCGACGCUGCAGCUCGAGGCCGGAUGCUCGAACGCCGGCGCCGGCGGCGAGACGUCCCAAGCGACCGCCGCCAUGAUGGACUACUGCCCGACGAUGAUGCACACGUCAGAUGACUCGAGCAUUGCCCUCUACGGGCACAUCGACAUCAACGCAGAGGGGGAUCUGGUUUACCUCGACUACGGCGACGGUGGCAUCGACCCACGGCCAGCGAUGCCGUCGGCAAUGCAGAGCAGCGACGGGGCGAUGACUUGCUUCGCGCCAAAUCCGAUGCACGACGGCCACGGUGUCGCCUCUCGUGAUCAGGAGGCGAUACAAGAGGGAGAGAUGCCAUUGGCAACGCAGAGCAGUGACGGGGCAAUGACUUGCUUCGCUCCAAUGCAAGGCCAAGAAGACGACGCUGCGACGGAUGAGGAAUUCUGGAAUGGUUUGCUCGACGGCAUUGGCACUGAUGAUCCCAAUCCCAAUGGAGGUGGAGAAUUGGGGUAG